UUUUGUUUGUUGCUAAACUCAACAUUCAUGAUUCAUCAAACCCACACUUUCUUUCUCUGCCGUUAAAAAUUGCAACAAUUCACCGUUGCAAAACCCAGCCGCCCUAUAACCGUGACUCCUCCCUCCAUUCACAACAAACACACACUCUCUCUCUCAAACUCGAAACUAAAUGCUUCCCAAAACCCUAAUUCAUUAGCCAAUCCACCAAAAAAAAAAAAAAAAAAACACAGAUACCAAAGCAAAAAAAAAAACUCUCUCUCCCUCUCUCUAAUGGAGGACCCGGAGGGAGUCCUCAGCUUCGACUUCGAAGGCGGCCUCGAUGCCGGUCCCACCGCCGCCACCGCCGCAAAUCCUGCUGCCACCUCCGGGCCCCACAUAAUCCAGUCCGAUUCCGCCGCAAUCCACGCUGCCAAUAACAACAACAACAACAACGCUAACAACGCCAACGUUAUCGCCGUGGGCCACGCGGCAGGACCGGGAGGAGGAGGAGGAGGAGGAGGGGAGGCUGGGGCGGGCAAUUAUAGGCCGGGCGGGCGGAGCUUCCGGCAAACGGUGUGUCGUCACUGGUUGCGGAGCCUGUGUAUGAAAGGCGACGCCUGCGGCUUCCUCCACCAAUACGACAAGUCGCGGAUGCCCGUCUGCCGCUUCUUCCGCCUCUACGGCGAGUGCCGCGAGCAGGACUGUGUUUACAAACACACCAACGAAGAUAUCAAGGAGUGUAACAUGUACAAGUUGGGUUUUUGUCCAAAUGGUCCUGAUUGUCGGUAUAGGCAUGCAAAAAUGCCUGGACCUCCACCUACUGUUGAAGAGGUCCUUCAGAAGAUUCAGCAUUUAAAUUCUUACAAUUACAACCCUUCGAACAAAUUUUUUCAACAACGGAAUGCUGGUUUCUCUCAACAAGCCGAAAAAACUCAGUUUCCACAAGGUCCCAACACUGUCAAUCAAGGUGUGGUUGGAAAAUCUUCAACGAUCGAGUCUGCUAAUGUCCAGCAGCAGCAGCAGCAGCAGCAACAGCAGCAGUCCCAACAGCAGGUCAGCCAGAACCAGAUACAAAUUGUUCCAAAUGGAUUGCCUAAUCAGACAAACAGAACGUCUACACCUUUGCCUCAAGGAAUAUCUAGGUAUUUUAUUGUUAAAAGUUGCAACCGUGAAAAUUUGGAAUUAUCUGUUCAACAAGGUGUAUGGGCAACUCAAAGGAGCAAUGAAGCUAAACUGAAUGAAGCUUUUGACUCCACUGAAAAUGUCAUUCUGAUUUUCUCAGUCAACCGAACUCGACAUUUCCAGGGUUGUGCAAAGAUGACAUCCAGAAUUGGUGGGUCUGUUGGCGGGGGCAAUUGGAAAUAUGCACACGGAACUGCCCAUUAUGGGCGGAAUUUCUCUGUCAAAUGGUUAAAGUUAUGUGAACUAUCCUUCCACAAAACUCGCCAUCUAAGGAAUCCAUACAAUGAGAACUUACCAGUGAAGAUAAGUAGAGACUGUCAGGAGCUAGAGCCUUCUGUUGGUGAGCAGUUGGCUUCCUUGCUUUAUCUUGAGCCAGAUAGUGAACUUAUGGCGAUCUCAAUUGCAGCAGAAUCAAAACGGGAGGAGGAGAAAGCUAAGGGAGUCAAUCCAGAAAAUGGAGGAGAGAACCCAGAUAUUGUCCCAUUCGAGGACAAUGAAGAAGAGGAAGAAGAAGAAAGUGAAGAAGAGGAGGAGAGCUUUGGUCAGGUUCCUGGGGCAACAACUCAGGGCAGAGGAAGGGGCAGGGGAAUCAUGUGGCCCCCUCACAUGCCACUGGCACGUGGAGCCAGACCUAUGCCUGGGAUGCAGGGUUUCCCCCCUGUUAUGAUAGGUGCUGAUGGGUUAUCAUAUGGACCUGUUACACCUGAUGGGUUUCCUAUGCCAGAUCUUUUUGGUGUGGGCCCCCGUGCUUUUGCACCAUAUGGUCCUAGAUUCUCUGGUGAUUUUGCAGGUCCCACAUCGGGCAUGAUGUUUCGUGGGCGACCUUCACAACCUGGGGUAUUUCCAGGUGGUGGGUUUGGGAUGAUGAUGGGUCCAGGCCGUGCCCCCUUUAUGGGAGGGAUGGGGGUUGCAGGUGCAAAUAUGGCACGACCUGGCCGGCCGGUUGGAAUGCCCCAAAUGUUUCCACCACCCCCUCCACCAUCCAAUCAAAACAACAACCGGGUUGUAAAGAGAGAUCAGAGGGCUAAUGAUCGAAAUGACAGGUAUAGUGCAGGAUCCGACCAAGGCAAGGGUCAAGAGAUGCCAAGUCCGGGUGGUGGACCAGAUGAUGACUCACAAUAUCAGCACGGAAAGGUUCACCAUGAUGAUCAAUAUGGUGCUGGUAAUAACUUCCGGAAUGAUGAAAGUGAAAGUGAGGAUGAGGCACCCAGGCGUUCAAGGCAUGGUGAAGGGAAGAAGAAGCGACGAGGCUCAGAAGGAGAUGGUAUCACUGUCUCUGAUCACUGACAGAUGCUACCAGCUGAGCAGCAAAUGAGUGACAUUGCUAACUGGGGAAGCUGCUUCCUCAGACUUACCUGCUUUCUUUUCAACAAGAUCAAACUACAAUUCUUCACUGGUUCUUUUUAUAGUAUUUGAUAAAUUCUGGGUGAUAAUUUUUUUUUUCUUUCAAAUUUAGUUGAAAAUGUUGCUAGGAUGUGUUAUAUUUUAUGUAACAAAUCAGGGGAAGAACUAUUGAACAGAUGGGGGGAGGAGUGGGACUUUACUAUUGAUCUAGACUAACGUACUUGUAAAGAAAUUUAUACAAAAUUGUAUUAAGUAGGCUGCUAAGGUGAUUUACAAAUUCAACAUUAUUAUUGAUGGAUAACAUAUAAAUGCCAUCUGUAUUUCAUUCCGUU